GAUGGCUAAUUGCUGAUCCAUGUCGCACAUCAUCGGCUUCUGGGCUCGGUGUGUACAGGGAUGCGUUUGAUCGGAUGUUUGAGGAUCAGAUUACAUGGAUGCCCUAUACAGCUGAGAUGUUUGCAGAGUUGCCCCCCACUGGACGAGAGCAUUCUCACAUAUGGCGAGCACGUGUGUCGUUGAUAUGUUUUGACAUUGUUGAGCUUCAUUUGCCUGAUCGUGUAUUGCAACAGUUUGGGUAUGAGCAGGUCAUUCCAGCACCUAUCGACACAUAUGUAGAGCUUCAUAGGUCGGAUAGGCGUGGGAACCAUAUAGAGGAUUGGGCACUCAGACAUGUCAGAUACGUCACUAUGUGGGAGAGGCAAGCUGAGCUUGUUGUGACUGGGACACCAACAUUAGUCCCAUCUGUUUCGAGAGACUACAUGGGAUGGUAUUACAGCAUCACUCGUUUGUUUGUGUCUGCUUCGUUCAGACUCCCUACUCACCAUUAUCAGCCUAGCUCCUUGGCUUUGCAUCUGACGACGAGUAUAUUACUAAUUACUAAAGUAAGUCAUAUUCUUUAAUUAACACUUUUAUUUAUCUCUAACUAAUUGUAAUUGUGUUUCAUAUUUCAGACACGAGCAUUGCACGGUAUAUAUCAGCGGGGCUACUGCCACAUUGAGUGAUAC